UGUAGUCAUCUAAACAGCGAACUACUGCUUCUCUGAGCGGCGCAUUAAACUUCCUAAAACUACAUCUCCGUCAUUUUUAACGGCGCCGACAGUGUUUGCAUCAGCGUGGUCAGCACUCACCGGCGAAGUUACAACUGAGCAGCGGCUUGUCUUGUUUAAAAGUGAUAAAAAAUAACAACCAGUAUUUAGUUUGUGUGGCUACCAACGGACAAAUGAAGCUGUUCGUAAGUGAAGGCAACCCGCACUGUCUGAAGGCGCUAGCAGCGUUAGAAGCGACGGGAGUGCAGUGCGGCGUCCAGUUUGUCAACCACGAUGAAAGGGUGGUGCCUUUCCUCAGCCGUCCAACAUUGCCAGCUUUGGCCCUGCCCAGUGGACAAUACCUUUUCAGUUCCAAUGCCAUCUGCCGAUACCUGUUUGAAGUAAAUGGACAAGAAUGCAGUGAGCUUUGCGAUCAGUGGCUGGAAUGGGAGGCCACAGUUCUUCAGCCUGCAUUGCAGCAGGCUCUUCACAUGGCAGUGCUGCAGGGGAAGAGUUCAGAGGUGUCCAAGGUUCUCCAGGGUCCCAUAAACGUUUUGGAACAAAGCUUGAGCAAAAGGAACACACCUUAUUUAACUGGGGAUUCUGUUUCAGCUGCUGAUCUUGUUUUGUGGGCCGGAUUCUUUCCUGUUUUAUCUGAUUCUUCACUAACACUGGGUGAACACAAGUCUUUGAAGGCUUGGUUUGACCGUGUGGCUGCUAUGAACGCUUGUCAGUCUGCUGCUCAGAAAGUGCUACAGGGAAAAGGACUGCAGGGCAUGAAAAGCUAUAUGCAGAGGCAGCCUGCUCCUCAGAGCAGCCAGUGCAGAGAGACACAGCCAUGCAAUAGCAACUCUGCUGAGGAAGAAGGAGGCGAGCGUGUUGUUUCAGAGGAGGAGAUGGAAGCAGCAGCUCUCACUUGGAGUAAGGGUUUGAACACUUGCCCUCCAGCUACAAAAAAGCAACACCCCAUUUUGCCUCAGGAGGACAAGCGAAAUGUCCUGGUGACCAGUGCCUUGCCCUAUGUCAACAAUGUCCCCCACCUGGGUAACAUUAUUGGCUGUGUCCUCAGUGCUGAUGUCUUCUCCAGGUAUGGCCGCCUACGAGGCUGGAAUAUGUUGUUUGUGUGUGGCACAGAUGAGUAUGGCACUGCUACAGAGAACAAGGCCAGAGAGGAGGGCCUGACACCCCAACAGAUCUGUGACAAGUACCACGCUGUUCACUCCAGCAUCUACAAAUGGUUCCAGAUUGACUUUGACUAUUUUGGCAGAACCACCACCGAGAAGCAGACAGAGAUAGCUCAAGAUAUUUUCUGGCGACUUCAUGAGCGUGAUUUCCUAAUAGAAGACACUGUGGAGCAGCUACGCUGUGAAAACUGUCAGCGAUUCCUGGCUGACCGCUUUGUAGAAGGUAUCUGUCCACACUGCAGUUACCCUGAAGCUCGUGGUGACCAGUGUGACAAGUGUGGGCGACUCAUCAAUGCUGUGGACCUCAGGGAACCUCAAUGUAAGGUCUGUAGGCAGACUCCAGUCAUCCGCUCCUCUAAGCAUCUUUUCCUGGACCUGCCAAAGCUGGAAAGUCAGUUGGAGCAGUGGCUGGAGAAGUCAACCAGCACAGGAGAUUGGACAGCAAAUGCCAAACAGAUCACUCGCUCCUGGCUAAGAGAUGGACUCAAACCUCGCUGCAUCACCAGAGACCUGAAGUGGGGAACACCAGUACCUCACGCUGACUUUAAAGAAAAGGUGUUCUACGUGUGGUUUGAUGCCCCCAUUGGUUAUCUGUCCAUUACUGCCAACUACACCAGCGAAUGGGAAAAGUGGUGGAAGAAUCCCCAUCAGGUGGAGCUGUACAACUUCAUGGCCAAAGACAAUGUGCCUUUUCACAGUGUGGUGUUCCCCUGCUCUCUACUGGGAGCCCAGGACAACUACACUCUUGUCAACCACCUCAUUGCCACAGAAUAUCUGAAUUAUGAGGACACAAAGUUCUCCAAGAGCCGUGGUGUGGGUGUGUUUGGAGACAUGGCGAAGGACACCGGUAUCCCUUCUGAUGUGUGGAGAUUCUACCUCCUGUAUGUGCGUCCAGAGGGACAGGAUUCAGCUUUCUCUUGGGCAGACAUGGCUCUGAAGAACAACUCUGAACUGCUCAACAACCUGGGCAAUUUCAUCAACAGAGCCGGCAUGUUUGUCACCAAGUUCUUUGAGGGCUGUGUGCCUGUGAUGGAGCUACAGGAGGAAGAUAAGAAGCUUCUGGCUCUGGUGAGCUGGGAGCUGCAGCAGUACAUCCAGCUCAUGGACAAAAUCAAAAUCCGCGAUGCGCUGAAACACAUCCUGAAUAUCUCUCGUCACGGCAAUCAGUAUAUUCAGGUCAAUGAACCCUGGAAGAAGAUCAAGGGAGGAGAUUCAGAAAGGCAGCGUGCAGGCACGGUGACUGGUGUGUCUGUGAAUAUUGCGUGCUUGCUGUCGGUGAUGCUCUUCCCGUAUAUGCCAGCGGUCAGCCAAACAAUCAGGGAUCAACUCAACGCCCCUCCAUCUUGCAUCAACACCAUGUUAGAAGGCAAUGGCACCUUUGUAUGUUCCCUGAGUGCCGGCCACCGGAUUGGCGCAGUCAGUCCGUUAUUCCAGAAACUGGAGGCGGAUCAGAUUGAAGCUUUGAAGAAGAAAUUUGGUGGACAGCAGCCUGAAGAUGAACCACCUAAGAAGAAGACACCAGUUCGUAACGCUGCCAGCGCUCAGUCUGCUGCUGUGCCAGCUCCUGCUGCAGCUGUUGAGGUGGGGACGGUGAACCAAGUGGACCCGGAGAAAGCCAAGCAGCUCACCCAGGCUGUGGCGGAGCAGGGGGAGAAGGUCCGAGCACUCAAAGCCCAGAAAGCAGAGAAGGCCGUGAUCACAGCAGAGGUGGCCAAACUGUUGGACCUUAAGAAACAGCUAGCCCUGGCUGAGGGGAAGAACCCUGAGCCUGCACCUCAAAAGGGCAAGAAGAAAUGAAAUUUAAAAAGGGGAAAGAAAAAAGGAUGGAGAUUAGUCUAAGUAUGGGUCGAGGUAUGAUAGUGGAGAAUGGGAACGAGAUGUACACAGAGAGAGAGAGCAAGAUGAGGGUAUUAGCUUAAGGCAAAGCCGUGACAGGAUCUAAGACAAUGUGGUAUUGGCACUGAGGACUAAUGAAAUGCUGGAUAGGCCGACGGGGAAAUGAAAACAGACAAAGACAGAGUCAAAUGAAUACAGCUACAGAAUGGAGGGAUUUUUUCAAAUCCCUACACCAAAAGAAACUGAUUUUAUACUCUCCCUGUGAUAAAGUCAGCAUACGAUAUUAGUGUUUGAAGGUGUGUUGUGCAUCUAAAGAUGUUUUUACAUAUAUAUAUAUAUAUAAAUCCUCUGGAAAUUUGUUUUGCUACAAAUACCAUUUUUAGAUCCAUAAAAUAAAAUGAUUAGCUUCAG